UGGUUCUGGGUUUGUGUUAUCGCUGCUCUCCUUCCUCCCUCAGAAGUCAGUGCCCGGAGCUUGUUCUCAUCAGAAUUCUGCCCGCUCUUCUUUACAGCCCCCACAGGCUGACACUGAAGGCACACAGACUUGUUCUUCAAAGGGGGAGAUAUGAUCCAGUGUAUGGCUUCCGUUUCUGAAAGGAGAAUAGCCCCGGUGCUUACUCCUCUGUCAGAAUCUGGCAGAUGGAUCUCUCCCAUCUUUCUCCCAUCUUUCUCUCCCAUCUCUCUCUCCCAUCGCUCUCUCCCAUCGCUCUCUCCCAUCUCUCAGGCAAUGAUGGGCAAUUCCUAUGGAUGCUUUUCUCGUUAAGAGAUCUUGAUCAAACUGAUUUCAUGUCAAUGCCUGUUUGACACAGCCAUUGAAUAAUUGGCCUUUCACAGAGAUGUCAUUCAAACGGAUGUCAUUUGAAAGACGCCGAUCCAGCCCGUUGGUUAAGCCAGACUUGACACUUGCUGUGAAAAAGAGCAGAUCCUCUAAUAGGCUGUUUUGUAGCAACAUGUGAUAACACGGGGGAGCUGAUGCCAUGUCGCUGGAGAGCGCCGCAGCCUCGCACGCCCACUCACGACCUCUCGUUCUCUGUCUCCAUGUCCAACUCCCUUCUUCUGUAGAAGGUGAGCGAGAGAGACCAUUACAUUACAUUUAGUCAUUUAGCAGACGCUCUUGUCCAGAGAGACUUACAGUACAGGGACAGUUUCUCAGAGGAAAGUAGGGUAAAAUGCCUAGCCCAGGGACACAACGUCAUUUGGCACGGCAACCUUCUGAUUGGUAGCCCGAUUCCCUAACCACUCAGCCACCUGCCCCUCAGACCUGGCCAGCAGGGCAGGGCACGGUGUGACCGAUUAGAAACCCCACAGACACAACUUGCCCAGCCCGUCUGGGGUUACCCUUUCCCAUACCUGAAACAUGAGACACAGGUUACACGCUCUGUUGAAUGCAUCCACUUAGGAGGACUGCCCCACCCCUUAAACACACACACAACAAACACACACCAUGCCCUAUCAAACAGCACCACCCUUUCUUACUUUCUAUUUCCUUUCACCCACCCACCCCACCUCCUUUCUCUGGUGUAGGGACUGCCAUUGCGGUGAGAUCAUCGCUUGAAGAACGGCGUGAGGUUUGCAUAUGAGAGCCCAACGAGCACAAACAUCUUAUAAAUCUCAACCACUUCCCUCUUCACACGAAACGCCUCCUAAUUUCUCAAAGAAAUGGAAAACACGUUUGUGCCCUCGGCAGCAUACACAAUGUGUUUUAUCACAAGCCUGUAUCCUCUGCGUCCGUGCACGCUUUUACAUAGAAUUUGUCAUCGACUCACGGUGAUCCCGAGAAUCUCGCUUCCCUCACUCAUUGUCAAUCUAUCUAAGGAGCUGUUUCUCCCCCCGUUUGUUUGGAUGGGCCUUGAUCAGUCGUCCGUCUCUCCACUCUGUGAAAUGAACCUCCCCACAUGGGGUCCUUAAUCGAAACCUUCAGCUCUUCACAGGGAAGCCCCCCCCCCUCCUCCCGUCCCUCUCGUCUCAUCACCCGUAGGCCUCAACUCUCCUCAGCCAACCGAUUUCGUCAUGACAACCUCAAUCAGUAAAGGUGUUUCAUUAUGGUGCGACGGAGAGCUUGUGCCACUGUUUAAAUAUGCCCCCUCCCCCCUCUUGAAGCAUCAGCGUCAAUCUAUUCAUUGAUUAGCAGUCAAAGUAGCAAAUUGGGCGGUUCUCUCGUCAGUUGCCAUUGUGAUUGGGGAAUCUAGUGAUUAUUUGCCUCCUCCCCCAUUCAGUGAAUCAGGUAUGGGCAAAAACAUCCACGUCUGAACCGGCUCCUUGGCUUCCUCUUUCUCGCCCUAUCCAGUGUGCCUGAUUGCACAGUGAGGCCUAGUGAACCUGUUUACGUAUGCGAGGCGAACCAAGCAUAAUGUAGUGUUGUGUUCAUGGCCUUGUGUACCGCGACGCUCUGGUCCACACGCGAGAGCCCUGGGGGUUUGACGAGGAGGAUGAACCGACGUCACGACCAGGCUUGGCCUUUGGCUUCCUGGAGACGAUACUGACUGGCCUCUGAAACACGACACGACACAGAGAGAAAUGGGUCUGACGGCUUUGAAAAUCCCAUGUGCCCCUCCCAAGGAGCCCUUUGCAUUCAUCCAGGGCACAGAUCCAUUUAAGACACUGUACUACCCCCCUCCCUCAAAAUAGUUUUUAUUCAAAUCAGCUUUUUGGUGCUCGGUGUGGCGAGUCAGUGGACACUGAGUCUUUUGUUUUCGCUGUUAGAUGUUCCGUAUCCAGGCUCCAACUAUGCAGUAAAGCAGGGCACUUGUGUGUGUGUGUGUGUGUGUGUGUGUGUGCGUUCGUGGAAGGACAGUAAAGAAUGGGGUUGCUCUAUUUUGCUCUCCAGCCAUCAAUAUAAAUCACACCAUUCUACUGCGGAGGGUCUAUGCUUCAGCGUUCCUGGUUAGCGUCAUGUGUUUGUGUCCAGGGCCUGCGGACAGCAGCCCUGCUGAAGACACGUCGGGUCUCGCGUGUCCUCGGGCCCUUGGCGGGACCUUACACUCCUGUCAAAGGGCCUUCAAGUGUGGAAUGCAUAAGUGAAACUCAUCAACAUACAAGCAGCGGCGACGCACAGCCUUUCAACUCAGCCCGGCUCCUAGGCCCCCUCAGUAAACACAGAUAAGGAGAAACGCUGAAACUUCAACACCCUUUCGUUCCCGGGCUGAAUAACAAGUGAAGCGUUGCGCUUCACAUACAUGUAUUCCCAUCCAGUGAUUACUAAAGCGUUAUGGGUAGAGGGGUUCCCCGUGAUGUGAGAUUGCAUAUUAGAAAGUCGUGAUGAAGACUCUUCAUAGAGUGAUAUCGGGUUGAUUGUUGUGGGAAUUAUUUUGCGGUGUGUUAUUUUCACCUUUCCAUGUCAUUUAUUUCCUUAAAUGAAUACCCUGCCUUGUGCAGUUCCUGAGAGCUGCUUGUAAAGGUUGAUACCAAGAUGGCAAACAUCCUCUGGCUUUGAACGGAAGUAAUCUGUAUAAUGAAGAGGAAGUUGGACCAUGGCCCCGAGGUUCGAACUUUCCCUUCCGGCAAAAAACCCUGCAAAGGCCCCGAUUAUUCAAGUCCAGGGCUGGUCCCGUACCCUGGACCCACAACCUUUGGGCACAUCCGAACUUCCAACGGGCAGGGCCAACAGAGACGGCGCAUCACCUCCAUCCAGCCCCCCACAGGGCUCCAAGAAUGGCUCAGAACAUUUCAGAGCUGGAGUGGCCCAGAGAAGCUGCUGGCACUGGAUGAGUUGAUUGACAGCUGCGAGCCCACACAGGUCAAGCACAUGAUGCAGGUGAUCGAGCCGCAGUUUCAGCGGGACUUCAUCUCCCUGCUGCCCAAAGAGCUGGCCUUGUACGUGCUGUCCUUCUUGGAGCCCAAGGAUCUGCUCCAAGCAGCGCAGACGUGUCGUUACUGGCGCAUCCUAGCGGAAGAUAACCUGCUGUGGAGGGAGAAGUGCAGGGAAGAGGGCAUCGAUGAGCCUCUGCCUCCCAGGAAGAGGAAGAUCGUGAAGCCCGGCUUCACCCACAGCCCGUGGAAGAGUGCCUACAUCAGGCAGCACAGGAUAGACACCAACUGGAGGAGAGGAGACCUCAAGUCGCCCAAGGUGCUUAAAGGUCAUGACGACCACGUGAUCACCUGCCUCCAGUUCUGCGGCAACCGCAUCGUGAGCGGCUCCGACGACAACACGCUGAAGGUGUGGUCCGCGGUCAACGGAAAGUGUCUGCGGACGCUGGUGGGCCACACGGGGGGCGUUUGGUCGUCCCAGAUGAGGGACAACAUCAUCAUCAGUGGCUCCACCGACCGCACGCUCAAGGUCUGGAACGCUGAGACAGGAGAAUGUAUCCACACCCUGUACGGGCAUACCUCAACUGUACGCUGCAUGCACCUGCACGAGAAAAGGGUGGUGAGUGGGUCCCGCGACGCCACGCUGCGUGUCUGGGACAUCGAGACGGGCCAGUGUUUACACGUCCUGAUGGGCCACGUGGCGGCGGUGCGCUGCGUCCAGUACGACGGGCGCCGUGUGGUCAGCGGCGCCUACGACUUCAUGGUGAAAGUGUGGGACCCGGAGACGGAGACCUGUCUCCACACGCUGCAGGGACACACCAACAGAGUCUACUCCUUACAGUUUGAUGGGAUCCACGUGGUGAGCGGCUCGCUGGACACCUCCAUCAGGGUCUGGGACGUGGAGACGGGCAACUGCAUCCACACGCUGACGGGUCACCAGUCGCUCACCAGCGGCAUGGAGCUCAAGGACAACAUCCUGGUGUCGGGCAACGCCGACUCCACCGUCAAGAUCUGGGACAUCAAGACGGGCCAGUGCCUGCAGACGCUGCAAGGUCCACACAAGCACCAGAGCGCCGUGACGUGCCUGCAGUUCAACAAGAACUUUGUCAUCACCAGCUCGGACGACGGCACCGUCAAGCUGUGGGACCUGAAGACGGGCGAGUUCAUCCGCAACCUGGUGACGCUGGAGAGCGGGGGCAGCGGCGGCGUGGUGUGGCGCAUCCGGGCGUCCAACACCAAGCUGGUGUGCGCCGUAGGCAGCCGCAACGGCACGGAGGAGACCAAGCUGCUGGUGCUGGACUUUGACGUGGACAUGAAGUGAGGGGGGGGGCAACGAGAGGGGGGGGGGGGGGGUGGAAAUGAAGGGGUGAGGCCCCCGAAAAGGUGGGAGAAAAAGCAGACUCUCGAGACACUCGUUCCCCUUCUCGUCUCCCGUGGCGACCCACAAGCAUUACUACCAACGAGCCGCAGGCCCCUACUCCCCCUCUGUGCCCUCCCCCCCACGCCCCCUCCCCCCACCCCUUCGUUAGGAGAAUGUUACUGACGAAUCAGCAGCCGCGGGCGCCCACGUCUUCGUCCAGCCUCCACCUCGCCGCCUACUCUGAUCCUUGGGUCAAGUUGGAGGGUGUGGUGGUGGAGACGGAAGGGGCGUGGCUUGUUCGCAGCUCUGCGGUUGGCUGGGAAAGAAGGGGGGGGGGGUGGUGGGGGAGAAGAAAACAUGGCUGAAGUCGAAGUCUCCGUGGUAACUCUUGACCCUCACCGGCUUAGGGGCAGCUUCGCACAGAGACUUGCUCGCUCAAGCCUGACACGUAAACAUUCAGAUGUAUAAAGAUAUAUUAUUUUUUAAUCCCACCCAACAUAAACAGCCAACUGUCUAACGGAGGGGGAAAACAAAUACACACUGUAAUACAGUACACGGCAGAAGAUGGAGGGAAAAGGUUGGUCACGAGAGGGUGAGUUCAGUGUUGAGCUUUUCUUGGUGUGUGCCAUGUUAGGGGGGCUCAUUUUGAGGGGGGGGGGGGGGGGAGAGAGAAACACACAAAGCUUGUCCCACUCAUCAGGAAGUGUCGGCCGAAAUUCAGACCCGUUUAUUGUCGUUAUUUUACCGUUCACUCCACUCCUUGUUCUUUCUUCCCUGGUUUGAUUUUCUUAGAAAAAUGUGAAUUUCACCUCAAGUUCAUUUUGUCAGCUCACCUUAAGGGUUUCUUUCAGAUUUUAGUUUUGUUUUGCUUACCGACAAGUCCCAGUAUUACACUUUAUUAGCUCUCAUAGUGUGAGUUUUAGUUUAUUUUGUUCUUCUUUUUGGUCUCUAGCUGGAGUGUGGAGCGUAGCCUCCCAGAUAAUAAUGCUGUCCUGAGGCUGCAUGGGAUUUGUUUCCUAAUGCUGGUGUCACGGUUGGCGGCAAGAACCUGUUUUCUCUACUCCGUUGAACAGCGCCCCCUCUCUCUCGAUCCCAGUACUGUUCUCCCCAGUGGCCAAACUGUAUUUAUGCUGCUAGAUGAACAGACGAGAAAAAACUAAAAAGAUGGAACUUCUAACUUGCUGUGACGUUUUAGUCCCAGACUAAAUUCCAAAAUCAACUCUUGAUAUGAAUAGGUUUGGACUUUUUAAAGACACACACGGUAAAAGAGCUACGCGAUGACAAAUAAACAACCAACAUUUUUCUUCUUUUUUUCUUCUUUUUUUUUGUCUUUGUUUUGUUUAGUUUUUGCCACUUAAACUUGAGCCAAACGUGCCUCUACGAGGCUAAGAGGAGGGAGUGUGUUUGACAGACAAGUGUCUGCGCGUGUGCUUGUGCGUGAGUGUGUGUGUGUGUGUGUGUGUGUUUUGGGGCAAAUCGUAAACACAUUCCUGGGGUCAAAGCUCUUUCAGCUUGUUCUUUGGGGUCAUGUACAAAUGUUGUAUGAACUGGCAAAGAGAAAAAGGAAAAACAAGCAAAACAUAUUGGUUUUAACAAACUGUCCAUGCGCCAUUGUGGUUCUGUUCAGCUCUAUCUGAAACAACAGGCACCGAUUUAAAAAAAUUACAAAAAUUACGAAAAAAUAUAAAGAAAAAAAAAAACAAGCAUACUGACAAGUAGUGAAUGCCAGGAGAGUCUUAGUGCUUUGAGUAUUACAUGUUACAGUUGAAACCGCUGGAGCUGCUCUGCUCUUAGCGGUAGCAGUCUCAUGGUUUGCGAAUGGCACACAAGCAACCAAGUGAACAGACAAAACAUUGUAGCCAAACAAAAAUCGUCUCAAUCUCCAAGAGUCACACAACUCAAGCUGAACUGUGAAAGUGGUAUAACACUGUAUAUUAAAAGAAAAAGAAAAAGAAAAAAAAAGAAAAACAAUCUUGCUCUUUCAUUGUUUUGUUUUUGUUUUUUUCCCUUCUGUUUAAUUUAUGGUCUGGUUUGAGAAAUCAGACAUUGCAGGUGUUUUAUUUUUUCAAAUUCAUGUAAACUGCCUGGCAAAAAAAGGAAACAGACAGAGGAGAAAAAAAACUUAAAGGGAUUGUGUAUUUGUUUGAUUCACUUAGAAUUUUUUUAAUUUUCUUAUAACUUAAGUGCAAUAAAAUGUGGGUUUUUCUUUUUUCAUUUCAAGCAUUUCGGUUGUCUGUGUUUGUCACUUGUGUGAAGGCGUCUUGUGUGUUCAAUAAAGCCUCUUCAGUUUCAUUACA